AGGUGCUGCUCUGCUCAUCGACAAAAUUGCAGUCGUGCAGCAUCGGACAAUGCGACGCGGCACGAUUGCAAGAAUAACGAUGCUCGCCGGCGUGGCGAGGGCGCUGCUGUCGCGCGGCCGCCCGCGCGUUGCUCGUCCGGCGAGGCAGCUCCGCAGCAGCGCCCCUCUCAGGAUGGCUGCAUCGACGCUCGAGGGCCUGCGCAACGUCGCGAUCGUGGCACACGUGCGACGCAGCGUCCGCAAGCAAUGCCAGGCAUGAAACGCGUGCAUUCUCCACGCCGUCGAGCCAACGCGGCUCCCGACGCCCGCCCACAGCAACGCAAUGCGCAACCUCACGCCGUCGAGCAUACAACAAGCGUACCACACGCAGGUCGACCACGGCAAGACGACGCUCGUCGACGCCCUGCUCCAGGAGUCGAACGUGUUUAGGGACAACGAGGAGGUCCAGGAGCGCGUCAUGGAUUCUAAUGAUCAAGAGAGGGAACGCGGCAUCACGAUCCUCGCGAAGAACGCCGCUAUUGAUUACAAAGGAGUCAAGGUCAAUUUAGUCGACACCCCGGGCCACGCCGACUUCGGCGGCGAGGUCGAGCGCAUUUUGAACAUGGUCGACGGCGUUUUACUCGUUGUGGACUCCGUCGAGGGCCCGAAGCCCCAGACGAGAUUUGUGCUCAAGAAGGCCUUGGAGCUAGGCCUGAAAGCCGUGCUCGUAGUGAACAAGAUCGACCGGCCGCAAGCGCGACCGGACUACGUCGUGGACAAGGCCUUCGACCUGUUCGUCGAGUUGGAUGCCACGGACGAGCAGACGGACUUCGACAUCGUCUACGCCUCAGCGUUGAACGGCCAGGCCGGCACGGAACCUGAUGCAUUGAAGGACGACAUGACGGCUAUCCUGGACGCGAUUGUGGACAGUAUCCCGGCGCCGGAAGUCGACGCCGACGCCCCGGCCCAGCUCUUAGUAGCGAACAUUGAUUUUGACGACUUCAAGGGUAAGCUGGGCAUUGGCCGGGUCAAGCAGGGUAAACUGAAGGCUGGUGAUGCUGGGACGUUCGGGGCCAUGAAGGGCCCCGACGACGACUGCCGCGCGAUCAAAAUUAAUGAUCUCUUCGUCUAUGACAAUUUAGGAAGGAAAGCCGUCGACGAAGCCAGUGCGGGAGAGAUCGUCAUGUUCUCCGGGGUGAGCGACAUCCAGAUCGGCGAGACCGUGACCGAGAAGGCGGACCCGCAGCCGCUACCUUGCCUCGAGGUCGAGGAGCCGACCGUGUCCAUGAGUUUUGCGGUGAACAAGUCGCCGUUGGCUGGCCGGGAAGGCGAUAAAUUAACGUCUCGGGUUAUCCGCGACCGACUGAUGAAGGAGCUGGAUCGCAAUGUGGCAUUACAAGUAGAACCGCAAGAUAGCGGCGACGCCUUCACCGUGUCUGGUAGAGGUCCGCUCCACUUAACAGUGUUGAUAGAAACGAUGCGCCGCGAAGGCUUCGAGCUGGAGAUCGGGCCGCCCGAGGUGAUCAUCAAGACGGGUGACGACGGCAAGAAGCAGGAACCGUAUGAUGCGGUCGAGGUCCAGGUCCCCGACGAGUACGCCUCCAAUGUUGUUGAUCUUUUGAACCGGAGGAAGGGCGAGAUGCAGGACAUGGGGAAGACCGACGUCGGCGACUACACGUAUGUGAAAUAUUUAUUACCUACUCGUGGGUCCAUUGGUUUGAGGACGAACUUGCUGUCGGCUACUCGCGGCACGGCCGUGAUUGAUUCGAACUUUGAUUCUUAUAGGGCAUUUGCUGGGGACAUCGAGGCGCGGGACAAAGGCUCGUUGUUAGCCUUCGAGGACGGCGAGGCGACGUCUCACGGGUUGCUCGGUGCCCAGGAUAGAGGUCAAUUGUUCGCGACGCCCAAAACGGCCGUCUACAAGGACAUGGUUGUUGGGGUCCAUCAGCGGCCCGGCGACCUGCGCGUGAACGUCUGCAAGCAGAAGCAGCUGACGAACAUGCGGAGCGCGACGAAGGGCAUCGUGGAAGGGUUAAGCCCGCCUCUGGAGCUGACCUUAGAUUCGGCGGUCGAGUACAUCUCCGAGGAGGAGUUGGUGGAGGUGACGCCGGAGUCGAUCCGCAUGGCCAAGCAGCGGGGCUGGAACGACAAGAAGAAGGGCAAGAAGUAGAUCAUCGGUCGUCAUUCGUGUAAAGUCUAGACAUACUA